AUGAGUCAAUUCAACAAAGAUGACUACGACCUCUCCAAGCCCAUUUCUUCUACCUCGGGUCUGAGGCAAGGGCUUACUUCGUACGGGGACGCGCACUUCUCAUUGUUUUUACGAAAGGUCUUCAUCAAAGCCCUUGGAUACAGCGAAGACGCGUUAUCGAGGCCAAUUAUAGGAAUUAUUAACACGUAUUCAGCCCUCAAUCCAUGUCACGCCAAUGUCCCGCAACUGAUUGAAGCCGCAAAGCGGGGUGUUCAAUUGAGCGGGGGAUUGGCUGUUGACUUCCCGACGAUCAGUCUCCAUGAAUCAUUUUCUUCGCCUACGAGUAUGUUCUUGAGGAAUUUGAUGAGUAUGGAUACAGAGGAGAUGAUCAAGGCACAGCCGUUGGAUGCUUGCAUUAUGAUUGGAGGCUGUGACAAAACGGUUCCUGCUCAAAUCAUGGGCGGGAUAUCUGCAAAUAAACCGGUACUACCUCUUGUUACAGGCCCGAUGAUUCCAGGAAGCCACCGUGGACAACGUCUGGGAGCGUGUACUGAUUGUCGAAGCAACUGGGCAGCCUACAGGGCUGGCUCAAUCGAUAUGGAAGACAUUGGUAAUUUGAACGAGGAGCUAGCUCCCUCGGCUGGAACUUGUGGAGUCAUGGGAACUGCAAGCACCAUGGCAUGCAUUACAGCAGCUCUGGGGUUCAUGCCCCUCCGAGGUGCCUCAGCACCAGCAGUCUCCUCAACCCGUCUUCGAAUCGCAGAAGAAACAGGAGCAAAUGCAGUAUCAGUUGCAGCAAAUAAUCGAACGCCCCAAGAGAUGCUCAGCAAAGAAUCUUUCUUGAACGCCAUCACGGUUCUCCAAGCUAUCGGAGGAUCCACCAAUGCAGUCGUCCACCUCAUGGCAAUAAUAAAUCGACACCCAGCAGUGCAAGGCCAGAUAACACUUCAGACUUUCGACGAGGUUGGAAGGAAUGUCCCGCUACUUGUUGACCUUAAACCAAGCGGCGACAACUACAUGACCGACUUCCACAAUGCCGGCGGUAUGCUUGCUCUAAUGCAUACUCUGAAGCCUCUUCUCCACCUCUCUGCCAUGACUAUAACGGGCCAAACUAUGGGCGAAGUUCUCGACGCGUCACCCUUCAACACAUUCCCCUUCUCGAGUGCAAUUAUCAGACCACUAGCAUCACCCCUUUACCCGGCUUCUUCCCUUGUAGUUUUGCGCGGGAAUCUCGCCCCAAAUGGCGCAGUCAUAAAAGCGUCCGCCUCAAAGUACCGACACCUUCUCUCACAUCGCGGCCCAGCCGUCGUCUUCGCUGAUUCUGCAGACCUAGCGCAGCGCAUCGACGAUCCAGAUUUGGAGGUAACGAAAAACUCUAUUUUGGUUCUCCAGGGAAUUGGCCCAAUUGGGAAUCCUGGAAUGCCCGAGGCGGGGUUGAUUCCAAUUCCAAGGAAGCUGGCGGAAGAAGGUGUGCUAGAUAUGCUGCGGCUGAGUGAUGGGAGGAUCUCUGGAACUGCGGGCGGCACCAUCGUGGUACACGUGAGCCCGGAAAGUGUGGUCCCUGGCUCGGCUUUUGGGGUUGUUCGAAAUGGAGACUUUAUAAGCUGUGACAUUGAGAGCAGGAGUUUGAAUUUGGAGGUGAGCGAUCAAGAAAUUGAGAGGCGUGUCGCUGAGCGGAAGAGCGGCGGUGUUUGGGAAGAGAGGAAGACAAAGAGGGGGUACAGAGGCUUGUAUGAGAGGUCUGUAAAUCAGGCUGAGGAAGGAGCCGACUUCGAUUUCUUGAGCUCUACGGGGCCAAGUUGA